CAAAGGGAGCUGAACAAAAUUCUUCUCACUCUGACGUGUACAUUGUACCAUGCACAAUCAAGGCAACUAGACCAUCGAACUUUUAUUUAGUUGACUGUAUGGAUAAUAGAAUGAUCUAUUUAAGAUAUACCUUAGCCCGUCAUUCUAUCCCUACUACACUGGCUUACAAAAUAAUCGGCACAGCAAUUAACGCGUGGCCGCUAAAAUACGAGUUUCAAAAACCAUGUCUGUAUCACAAAGCUUCAGUGUUGAAUGUUAGUGAGGACAAUGAACUCAGAAUAUGGAUAGAAGACAAUCGUGUUAUUGUAUGUCUGGUUAACCAGACUUCUUUAUUAUCUAUAUCACAGGAUAUCGCUGCAAGCGUACAAGAAUGUCUAACAAGGAAUAUUGAAUCUUCCCUCCUGUUCCAUUGUAAAAGUUUCGGUAGGAAAAUAACACCAACAAAGGUAGUAGACCUAUACACCAUAGAAGUAGGCAUUCCAUGUGGAAGCAAUAUUUGCUUCACUCCUUCCAAGGACGCCUUUAAAAUUGACAGCUGGAAAUGUGACCAGGGAAGAGAGCAUGACACAAGAUAUAUUCGAUACUGGGUUUUUGACAAGACCCAAAAGAUGUGUGUGCAUGGAUGUGAUGGGCUGACAAGCAAUGAAUUGGCGAUAGAACCAAGUGAUAAACACCUUGUUAGAUUAGGAGGCAAAAUUGGAAUCAAGUCAUUUGAAGAGUUUUUCAUUAAUUUGGGAAUGAAUAAAAAAGAUUGGGAAAGUACUGAGUAUAUGUAUGCUGGUCACAGUUCUGAUGGCAUAAUGUCGAUGGCACUGAAACAAUGGAGAAAGACUAAGUUGUCAAAACUGGAAAAACAUACCUUGCAAGAUCUAACUGAUGCCAUGAGAGCAGUAAAUCUGGGUAGUCAUCUUAUAUGUCAGGUAUUCAGAGAAAACACGACGUUGUUCGAAAUAGCAGACUUCAAUCUCCAAGCCAUUCCAAGUGAUCACCAUUUAAAGGAGUUGUCAAACCAAAUAGGAAAUUGUCCACUGCAGCUGGGAAUAGAACUUGGAUUAACCUUCACAGAGGUUGAGCAGAGUUUAUUUGGUUUUCCGAAAGAUUUGCCUGGUUUGGUUGAAGAUAUUGUGAUGAAAUGGAAGAGAAAGUCAAAGGUUAAAACUAUCCAUAGUUUGAUGCUCGCACUUGAACGAGUAAACGCAGGUGGAAUCAGAUAUUUACUUGACUUAUCAAAAAAGCUCGCAGAUGCUAAUCUUGCUAAUAUAACAUAAAUAACUUUUAAAUAGUAUUGAACUUUUGUUACUUUAUGUCACCUUUGACAUUCUGAAGAGUGUUAGUUUUGUAAAUUUAUUCAAGUAUAAUGUAGUAUGCUUAUUUUGUUGUUAUUUUGUCUUGAGCAAGUCAUCACAAAAACUGGAAUUAUUCGCAUUUUUUAAUAGUAAAUUAUUACUUAUAUACAAUAUACAU